GUUACUCGAGUAAGUCAGUUGGCCGGAAACCGUUCGACGACCAGUUCGGUUGUGCUCGUAUGAGCUCGAGCGAUUUGCCGGGGAAUAGUGAAUUUUCGGCGGAGAAAUAAGAGCGAAGAAUCGAGGAACCGCGCUCUCGAUCGACAUAGGCUUGGGGAGAAAAUCUGCGUCGAAGUUGGAGGAUUAAAAUUUGAGAGAAAGAUGACCCGGCACCUGUCGGCGAGUACGAAAUGCUCGAUGAGCGAGCGCCGGGAGCGCCUAUUUUCGAAAAACUGCUCGAUCGGCUCCCUCAUCUUCGUCGCGAUCAGCAGCCUCGGGAUGUUCGUAGUUUUUUGGUGCACGAAUAUAUUCCGGGACACGAUACUCUCGAACCUGGAGAUAAAGGAGGGCAGCUCGAUGUUCGAGCGGUGGCAGCGUCCCCCCGUCCGGCCGGCGUAUCGCGUCCGAAUUUUCAACUACACGAACAUCGAGGAUUUCCAGAACGGACGAGCCAAGAAGCUCAAAAUUCGCGAGCUCGGGCCUUACAAUUACAGGGAAACUCUGACCAGGGUCAACCCAACGAUCAACGACGACGGGAGCAUCACUUAUCAGGAAAAAAGAUCGUUCCAGUGGGAAGGCGGGAGCCCCGACGACGAGAUCGUCUCCGUGCCAAACGUCCCUCUCAUUUCCGCAAUGGCCUUCAGCCGCGACAUGAGCUUUGUCGCACAAGUCGGUAUCACAGCCUUUCUCACGACCCUGCAGCCCAGCACUUUUAUCGACGUCACCGCCGGCGGAUAUCUCUGGGGAUACGACGACCAAAUAUUCGAAGUCGCCAAGAAUUUCAUGUCCUGGCAGGAAGAAAUUCCUUUCGAGAAGUUCGGCCUUCUCGCUAUCAAAAACGGAUUAUCACCGGAUCGGAUAACGAUUGACAGCGGCAAGGCUGACAUAAGCGAGACCGGCCGGAUAAAAAGUAUCAACGGAGAGAGCAGUUUGAGCGUGUGGGGUGAGGCCGAGUGCGAUAAGAUCGAGGGUACCGACGGGACUAUUUUUUCGAGCAAAGCACUCGAAAAUCACAAUUCAACGUUGCAAGUUUACGCGAGGGACAUGUGCAGGGCUUUGCCGUUGGAAUAUCGGGGCCAGGGAAUGGUGCGGGGUGUUCCAACGUUGACGUACAAGCCACCUCUGGAUGCUUUGACCUCGACGCCGACGAAGGACUCUUGUUACUGCGCCCGGGACCCGAGCGGCUCGAAAGGCAGUCCGAGAGUGUGUCCACCGGCCGGGAUUUUCAACAGUUCGGUUUGCAGCAUGAACAUGCCGUUUUUGGUAUCGUUUCCGCACUUUUACACCGGAGCUGAGGAGCUUCUCGAGAUGGUCGAAGGGCUGGAGCCUCGUGCCGAGGACCACGAGUCCUUCGUCGAAAUUCACCCGCGAUUGGGAGUCCCGAUCGGUGGAGUUUCCCGUUUCCAGAUAAACGUCGAGGUGCGAAAAGCCGUGGGAGUUCCCUUCCUCGGGAAGUUGAAGGACGGGACGAUUCUCCCGCUGAUAUGGAUCGAGGUCGGGAUCGACGGCAUGCCCGAGGAUCUCCAGAACCGAUUUUACCACGCUUACUACACGGCUGCAGCGCUGGAAGCGGGCAUGAAAUGGCUGAGUAUAAUCGGCAUAGUUUUCUGCAUAUGUCGAGUGAUGUGCAUCCUAAAACGCAGUCGCAGCGAGCGGCACAAGGCCCUUAAAAGAAACAUUUCCGGUCAGAAUCCGCUCAUAACGAUCGAGAAAGAUCCUUAAUUGGGUGCUCUUCCUUUCUAAAAUGCAAAAAGACUCAAAAACGUUUUUGACGAACGUUGGAAGAGCACGCAGUGCCCUCGGCACGCCUCGUAGUCGAUCUUCCAGUCGAUCAGAGUACAAAACCCCGAUGAUCGUAAGCACGAGGAGAAAAACGAAGAAACUUGUUCGGCGUACGUCCACAAAAAGGAGCAUCGAGACGAGAAACUUCGACAAAAGUAACAGUGACGAAAAAAACGAAUUUUCUUCUCCUCUUUGACGCACGUCGAACUGAUUUUUCUCUUCACAAUUGCUCACAUUUUUAUUCCCGAAGUGGAGCGCGAAGGCUCAAUGUUUUUUCUUUCUAUUUCAACAGUUCCAAAGACUGCUGUUAUUUAAGGAGGAAUAUCAGCUUAACGUAAAGUGAGCUUUAUGUAAAUACGAAUUUGAUUGUUUUCAUCUAGGUCACGUAAACCCUGUUUGCUUCGUUCAUAUGGGAUUAACCCCCAAAACGAAACGCCCUGCAAUUUUCCACACAUGUUCUUUAGAGUUCAAACUGUCGAAUAGUACUUUUUUCCAACCCAUCAUUUUUUAUUUACUAAAAAAUGGCUUUAUGAAAUGGAUUAAAAAUUGGAGAGGCUAGCGACAAUAUAUCCAAAAAUGUAUUCUAAAAGUUUCAUCAAGCCAUCACCAUUUUUCUCAAGCCGAUGUUCCUCCUUAAUAUUAUUUUUUAUUAAUUUAUAACCGUCGAUAUAAGUUUGGGCUUAAGAAUGACCAUUGUAUUGUGAUGAUUGUUUUCAAUAUUGUUAUUAAUUAUUGUUAUUGUUAUUAUUAUUAUUACUAUGAUUAUCGGUAUUGAUAUUGUCUGAUGAUAACGUCGAAUGGCCACGUGUUUAGGAUCAGAGAUAGGGAGCAUCGUAUUUUUCUUACUUGGUAGAAAAAAAAUGAAAUGGAAGAUUUAUAAUCGAAUAGUAAAAAGGAGGAUAAUAAAAAUUGUAAAGGAAUGCAAAAAA